GGAAUUGGGAAACACUGCAAGUCACUGAUGGAACUAUAGAGCACCUCCUUAAUGUUGGCACUAGGAGGGAUAUAAACAGCCGUGAUGACGAUGACGCUAAAUUCCCUGGGCAUAUAGAGCGGUCUGGAUUUUAUAGCCAAAACACAAUAUAUAUAUAUAUAAAUUACGAGUAUACUACUGUAGCAAACGGGGUUUAUUUUAGACUUAUUUUAGACUGAGAUGUCAUGUGAUUGUCAAGACAAUUGAUCGCAUUGUGCUGUGAUUCAUAAUCCAGUUUACCUGACUGAGUGGACGUGUAAAUCGAGCUGAUGGAUUGCAGGUUUGAUGAGUUCGAAAAGUCCUUCUGCAACAGGAUCUGUACCAGAGAAUGCUUCCACCACAGCGACGGCAGCCAUUUCGCUCAGAAAGCAACAACUACAGUCAGGAAGCCACGUGUUCGUGACGCCGGAUUCUACAAUCAAACUUCUCAAAAUGAGUGCUGCUGCAUCCCAAAAAGUGGUCCUGAAAAGCACCACCAAAGUGUCUCUCAAUGAGCGCUUCACUAACAUGCUGAAGAACAAGCAGCCUACUGCAGUAAGCAUUCGAGCCACCAUGCAACAGCAGCAUUUGGCUAGUGCCCGCAAUCGCCGGUUGGCCCAGCAGAUGGAGAACCGCCCCUCAGUCCAGGCAGCUCUAAAUCACAAGCAGAGCCUAAAGCAACGCCUGGGUAAGGGUAGCAUCCAAGCCAGACUAGGCCGGCCUGUUGGAGUUCUAAUGCGUGGAGGACCUGCUGGGAGCAGAGGUGGCUUGCGGGGACUGACCAGAGGAGGAUUUAGAGGAGUCAGAGGAGGAAUCAUGCGAGGGGCUUUGUCCCUGAGGGGAAAGCGAAUUCCUACAGGUGGCCCCAUGCGAGGCCGGGGUAUAGCCAGCCGCAUGCCGAUCCGUAGAGGAGGUCGCUACCGUGGAGUACCUGCUGGACGAGGAGGAGUGAUGUCCAGAGGAGCAGGUCGAGGUGGAGUAGCAAGAGGUCGUGGUGGACUUCGUGGACGUGGUGGAUUCGCUGGUAGAGGAGGACGUGGUCGUGGGCGGGGUAGAGGAAGUGGUCGGCCAGCUGUAACCCGUGAACAGCUCGACAACCAACUUGAUGCCUAUAUGUCAAAGACCAAAGGUCACCUGGACGCAGAGCUGGAUGCUUACAUGGCCCAGGCAGACCCAGACAGCAUGGAGUAAAGGACUGAACAUGAACUAUGUAGUUGAAGUCAGGGCUAUAGUUUAGCAGUAGAUGGAUCUGCUGACAAAAGGAGCAGUGUCACCUGACUAAUAUUAAACACUGCAAUAGCUACCUGUUGGAAGAACCCUUUCAUUGUGGAAUAGUCCUGAUGUCUACAGAGCUUGAUUCAUCAUCGGUAGCAUUUUUGCUUUUGAGUCAAAACUGUGUUUAAAACUUGUAAAACUGGUCCAUGAUCCUGGAGAUGUCCCUCCCUGUGGAAUCCUUUUUUUUUUUUUUUUUUUUUUUUUGAAAUGAUUUUACUAUUUUUUUGCUUAGACUUUGGAGGAAAUUCAUUGACUUGUCUUAACAACUGUAUUCGGACAACAUUGUUUAAAUUAUGCAUCGGAAUGUAAGAGAAGAGUUUUAAGACUUCUUUUUUUUCUCAUUUUAUAUUUGGUAAUUUUGUGGAACAUUUAUAAUUGUUUUCCCUGAAGCAAAAUAUUUGUUUUAAAAUAAAAAAGUCUCUUUA